AACUAAGCAAAGUUGUGGUUGUAGCGACCAUAUCUAUGGUAGUGACCACACACUUCCGUCUCUGUAUGUACACAAAAAGUGUUAGCUAGCAUAGAUGCUUAGGGGAACAUAGCUAUCUGCAUACAGAUUGGCUCAGGGUAAUUCUGUAAAACGAAUAAUUAGAGCUUACGAGGGUUUCCUAGUGUCACAUUUGGUAUUUAUUUUGAUUCAACGAGCUAACUUUAGUGUUGCGACUCGUCCUUUGGGUUCAGACAUCAUGCCUCUAUUUGGGAACACCUUUAGCCCUAAGAAGACACCCCCUCGCAAAUCAGCGUCGUUGUCCAACCUACACACGCUGGACAGGUCUACGAGAGAGAUAGAACUAGGUCUAGAAUAUGGCGCCCCAGUAAUGAAUAUUGGAGGCCAGAGUUUGAAAUUUGAAGAGGGUCAGUGGAUUACAGAAUCUGGAGGAAAUGUUUCGGGAAAGGAGUUGCAGCGGCUGAAGAAGAGGAACCAGCAGCUGGAGGAGGAGAACAAUCUGCUGAAACUCAAAGUUGACCUUCUUCUUGACAUGGUUACAGAUGGGAGACAGUUAAGGGAAGCAGAAAGGAGAUAAAACAUAUAAGAGCUUAGACUGAGGAAAUGGCAAGCAGCUCGCAGAAGUAGGCUACCUGCAGUUCAGGCACAAAGCAGCUUUCAGCAGUAGUUAGAGUUAGGUGCUCUUAUAGGCAAAAAGGAGGUGUCAUCAUUUCAUCAUUUCAUCAUUUUCUCUCUCCCAGUUGUCUGAAACCACAGCUGAAACUCACCUCAUUCAUAAGGAGCUUGAGGAAGUGAAGAACCAUACCCGGAGGAAGAAGUAAUAAGAGGGACAAAAUGACUAGUAGAAGCUAUUGGGUGUGUUUGUUAAAUAUGUAUUUAAUGUAGUCAAAAAUUGUUUUGUACACUUGUAAAAUACUCUUAACAUUUCCUUUAAGUAAUACUUUUGUAAACAAAUGUAAUUUAAAAAAAAUGAUUGAGAUGCUUUGCAGAAUAUUGAUUGCGUUUUAAUGUUUGUUUUUAUACCUUUUUCUUACAAUUUUGUACACAAUGUUGUGUUAAUGGUCUGUUGUUUUACACAAGUGUAUGUUACUCAGUAAAAUGCAUUUUGAACAAGUUUAUUUUUUCAUUUUCAUACAUUCCAUAGACUAAAUACAUAAUUUAAUAUGCCAUUACAGAUUACUGUUGCACCACUUUAAGUGGUGAUUAAGUAUAAGGUGCAAUAAGAGUUUUUAAAAUGCUUAAACCCUUUCAGGCAUGGAACAAUUAUGUAUUUCAAAGCAAUUGUUGUUCUUGUGUCUUCUUGCGUUUCUGAAACAUAUAUUGACAAUUAAGAGAAUCAUGAUAUGUAAAGAAGGGCAUGAAAAGGGCUGAAACUGAGACACAAGAAGUGUAAAGUGGUAAUUGGGCUGUUUAGUCCCUGUAUUCUGUCAGCCCAGAAGGUCAUCUAAAUAGUGGCAAUUUUGUGGUUUUAUGAAAUUGUGUUCUUGUUAACUAAUAGCAGACUUUUUCUGUCCAGAAA